AUGAAACCAGCUAUCAGAAGACUUGGAUUUGAAAAUGGAAGGUCUAAAGUCACCCCAGAAGCCGCUGUGUCUUUUACAAGACUUACCGUCUGGUUAACUUGCAUUUGGGCGCCAACAGGAAGACUCAAUUUGAUACUCUUCGAAGCUUUUCUCUGGUUUUCUAUUUUUUUGUCUCUGGGACUCUUUGUCCCGCUGAUAGUAUGUGUGAUAAAGCUCAUCGAUGAUACCUUUGUGGUUAUGAAAUCAUUCAUCCUCAUUUCGGGAAUUGUUAACUUUGUGCUCAAAGUUAUUGUCUGCAGGAUUUACCGGGACGAACUGCAGGAGCUUGGAGGGUCAUUGAAUGAUUUUAUAAAAAACGCAAGUCAAAAUGACAGAUUGUACUUACAAAAAUACGUCAACAAGUGCUGGAUGUUCCACGGAUACAUGACAUGUAGUUACUACUUGACGACAACCGCGGUGUUGAUGGGACCACUGGUGCUACCUGAAAAAUUUCCCAGUGACGCUGUUUACCCGUUUUCUGUGGACCACCCUGUAGUUGCUACGAUUGUUUAUGCACAUCAGUGCAUUGUUGGGUACCAAUGCUCCGCUGGAAUGGCUCUAGACUGUCAAGCUGCUUUGUUUCUCUGGUACCUUAGUGCGAGAUUCGAAAUACUUAUCUCAGAAAUAGACAGUUUAAGAUCUCUAGAUAAAAUGCGGGAUAUCAUCAAAACACAUCAGGAAAUCUUGCGGUUUGCUAAGCAGGUUGUCCGGCCAAUUAGACUUAUUGUUCUUACAACAGUGACUAUGACAAAAGUUGGAAUGAUUUUCGGAGCCAUUGUUCUUAUUUCAGACGAAUCAAUUACUGUUAAAGUUCAAUUUGCUAUAUUAGUCAUUAGUGCGACGAUAAAUAUUUAUGUUUGUACUUGGGCCGCUGAUAAUUUGCUAACUGUAUCAAGUGAAUCAGUCUCAGAAAAAAUAUUCAGCACAACAGCAAUGCACUCACCAGUCAUAAGAAAGCUCUGGCUGUCAGUAAUCCACAGAACGCAAAAGCCAAUAACGAUAAACAUUCCAGGUUUUCUAGAGACCCUCUCCAACGAGUUCUACUCAAACUUUCUUUCAACAGCGUUUUCCUACUUUGCGGCAAUGCACGCCCUUGUAUAG